AUGCGACAAAAUCUUUCCAUGCCAUGUCUUUUGAAUACAGAACCCAGUCGUUCAAGGCUCGUCGAUCGCUCAGAAGGAUUUUAUACUGGUCAGAAUUUCGGGCAUGGGGAAGUCGGGUCUCGCUCGAUUCAGAAGAGACCUCGUGCUCUUGCGUACCAGAUAUGGUCGGCUCGCAUGGAACUUCAAACGUCAAAAUGCAUUCUUUACAACCAGAGCCCGCUUCUCGGUCCUCCAGGGAGCCCCGAAUCUGGACUCCUUGGCAGUUUCUCGUCCGAACACGCUGCAUUGCUGGACUUGCUCCCAAGGACCUUUGGAAGAAGUAUCGUCAAUCCCUCCUCCUCCGCAACCAGUCACGCCGUAUCCAUGAAACGACACGUUGAUCAUGACAGAGGCGACAUGUUGGAUAAAAGCGCACAAGAUUCUGAAGCUGAACACCGACGUUUUAAGCGACAACUUCGCAUCGAUAAUAGUCCACGUCGAAGUGCAGAAGUCAGAGAUUCGGGGCUCGAGGCUACGUCUCCUGGCGCCGUUCAGAGCUCUCAGCGCUCAGAUCGUGUAGAGAGUCCACGGAGCUUGGACGAAACUAACAAGAGCAAGAAGCUGCGGAAGAAACAUCAACCAAAAGCUAGGCACCUGGCACAUGGAAAGGUACCUUUACGAAGUCUAAGCACCUGGGAGGCGAGGCUAGCGCACGACCUGAAUCGAAAAUUGGAAUGGCUCUUCGAACAGCUUAGUCCUGGGCGUAGGCCUUUUCACUUUGCCUUGCUUGCCAAUCACUGGCUAAAUAGAGAGACUUGGGUUGUGCUCGAUCCUAUUUCACGGGUCCCCAUUCAAGCAAGACGUCUUUGGGGAGAUCCACGAUUCAAUUCCCCGUAUCCAAUACCUUGCUGGGGGCCGAGACCCAAAUAUCCCGAGAGCCCUUGCAAAACAGCCAACAGACCUCAUUUGAAUUCCUGGAGGGUUGCUGUCAAUCGCAAUCGACGGGCAUCAGGACUUCGAGACGUCGUCAAGGGCGUCGCGUUACUGGAAGACUCCGCAGAUGAACCACCGGAUGGGAAAGUCGAUCCCGCAAGCUGGAUUCUUCGAAAGCCCCCGCAAGGUUUUGCAAUGUCAACCAUGCAACAAGACGCAUACUACGAAGGAGGAGCAGGUUGGCAAGAAACUCUCGGUGACUGGCAAAGGGUGCGCCGUGGUUAUCGAGUCCGUAAAGCGAUCUAUGAAGGAAGGGCCAAUCGAACUAGGAUGAAGGAGACAGCGGUUGGGCUUACCCGGUACUUCCAGGCCAUAGCAAAUGAAGCUUUGAACACUCCCAAAACGGACACCGCGUAA